CUGAACCCGUCUCCGACCGACGGGACGAGUCCGGACGCUCAGUCCGGGAACUGUAAAAACUUGCAGAAGGAGAAAAUCCCUGAAAACCUCCUGUCGGAUCUCAGCUUGCAGAGCCUGACGGCGCUCACCUCCCAGGUCGAGAACAUUUCCAACACCGUGCAGCAGCUUCUGCUCUCCAAAUCGGCCAUGCCCCAGAAGAAGGGUAUCAAGAACCCAGCGAGGACCCCCGAGCAGCUCAAAGGGCAGCACUGCAGUCCCGAGAGCAGCACCUACUCUGCAGACCAGGUAGGCACCCCCCUGUCCGACCCGCUCAGCACCCCGCAGUCCGUCCACGCAGAGACGCAGGACGCCGAUUAUCUCAGCGGGUCAGAGGACCAGCUGGAAAGAAGUUUCCUGUAUUGCAACCAGAACCGCAGCCCUGCCCGUGUCAACAGCAACUCCAAGGCGAAGCCCGAGUCAGUGUCCACUUGCUCCGUGACCUCCCCAGAUGACAUGUCCACCAAAUCGGACGACUCCUUCCAGAGCAUCCACGCCAGCCUGCCCCUGGAGACCUUCACCAAGUACGUGACCAACGAACGGGACUGUCCUCGGCUGCUCCUCAGCGCCCUGUCCCAGGAGGAGCUGGCCUCCGAAAUCAUCGUCCUGCAGGACGCCAUCAACGAGAAGGCAGACAAGGCCUGGGCCAAUUCCCCCAUGCUCAACAAGGAUGCCACAAAAUCCCCCUUCCACCUGGAGAACCACCGGCCGUGCCUGGACUCCAUGGUGAAGGGCGCCUGGCCCAGCCAGGGCGACUCCAGCACGCUCACUGAGCCCCUGAAGCUGGACAAGGCUUCCGGGGGCAGCACGGGGAAGGACUUUGGCGAAGAGGUGUACGAGAGCCCCCAGGUGGACUUUGCAGCCACCGAGACAAAGGAUGCGCUCAAAGACGCGACCUCUCUGGCGUACAACUCCAAGCCCAGCAUCCCAGCUGCUACUUCGAGCUCCGGGGCUGCCAGCUACAGCUGCUAUUCGAACACCACUGCCAACUCGGUGGGGUCUGACAACGCCAUGGAGCAUUUCGAGUGGCCAGAUGAGAGCCUCGGCGAGUCGUGCCUGAGGUGGAAAGAGCUGGGGACGGGCCUGCAAGCCUCAGACCUUUCCAAGGGCUUGUUCCCGAGCAAAUUGGUGGGGUCCUGCAAGGAGAAAAAAAAUGCCUGCAGCUUGGAUCCGUGCGAUGGUGAGCAGCCAGCCAAGAGCGAGCAAGCCAGGGACUUCAGCCAGCAGGCGAUGGAGGAGGAAGAGGAAGAGACGCUGACAUACGACGAGGCCACGAAGGCGGACAGCGAGCGAUGGCUGCAGGACACGCGGCAUUGCUGCUCGGCUGGGGACUUCAGCGAAAUCCCCAUGAUUUCGUCGCCGGACCUGAAGGAGUCGGACCUGGAAGCGGAGGAGUAUUCCUCGCUCUGCGAGCUGGCGAGCUCGGAGCAGAAGUCGGUGAUUUACGACGCCUCGCCACCGAAGCCCCCGGAGAUGCCCGCUGUGCUGUCCUCCAGCGACGUGCCCGUGUCUGCCGAAGAAACCGUCAGCACGGUGGAGAAGGAGAGCUCGGCCCCCUCGUCGCGGUUAUCCGGCCCGUCCGUGAUCCUCCUCGGCCCCGCCGUCGGCACCGAAACCAAGGUGAAGAGCUGGUUCAAAUCCUCCCUGCCCCACAUCAAGCCUGAAGAGGAGGCCGGCGGAGGGGAGAAAACCCACCCGGAGACGACGGACCCUGAGUCGGCCUUGUCGGUCACGGUCAAGAAGCAGCUGCUGCCCGAAAACGCGUUGGGGAAGCCGGAGCCCGUCUCGAGGGGCAAGAGCCUCCGCAACAAGAGAGUCCACUGCCGGCUGUCGGAGGGAGACGACUCCAGCAAAGCGGUGCCAAGCCCGUUUAAUGAUCUGCCGGCAGCUGGCGGCGUGGCCGGCACAUGUGUCGGGCCAGAUGGCCAGAUGGAAAUACCGAGCAAAAAUGCCCACAGCCAAACGCCGAGGUUUCCAGCGGAGGGGUUGCCAGCUCGCAUGUGCACCCGCUCCUUCACCGCCCUCACCGAGCCCCGCACGCCGGCCCCGCUCGAGGGGCUGAAAGCCCCGGCGCACCAGGAGAAGCUGGGGAAGAAACCCGCCUGCGGCGUGAAGCAGCGGGGGGGUUUCAAAGCC